AUGGCACUUGGCUCAAGGAACAAGCUUGGAUAUAUUGAUGGAAAGAUCAAGAAGCCAAAUCAGGGGCAUGCAGAUUUUGGUAAAUGGUACAGAAAUGAUAAUGCUGUGAGAGGAUGGAUUUUGGCUUCAAUGACAACAAACCUUGCAGAGAGUCUCAUAUACCUUGAAACUUCCAAGGAUUUGUGGGACGAAGUCAAGGAAAGGUAUGGUCAAACAAAUGCCCCCCUCUUGUAUCAGCUGAAGAAAGAGUUGAGUGAUUUGAAGCAAGAAAAUCAGGCUGUUGGGAAUUUUUACUGCAAGCUGAAGAAUUUAUGGGAUCAUAUAUCUUCUAUUGAAGGUAUGCUUGAGUGCACAUGUGGAGCAAUGAGUAAAUGCACUUGUAACAUGAUGAAAAAAUUGGCAGAUGCAGAAUCUCUGAACAAACUGAUACAGUUUCUAAUGGCUCUCAAUGAGGGGCUUUCCACCUUGUUCAGCAGCAAGAGAAACAAAAGGAAAUCACUGGUAACAUGA